GUCGAUCCGAACACAGUGGUGCUUCGUGCCAUGCUGGUGCACGCUUUGGAGAUGGAGAAGCCUCAGAAGGGGAUCACGGCAUUGCGAUCCACAGCUCAGCUGCUGCUCGAGGAACUCGAGGAAGUCGCCGUUUUGACAAACGCAGAACACAAUUGGAAAGCUGAAGCUCUGACCCACCUCAUCUUUCCUAGCAUUUGCGCUUGACCUUUCCAUUGUGUUCGCAUUCUCUCAUCUGCGACAUUUGUUUGCAAAAAGCUGAUCUUCCAGCUGCAAGGACCGUUGAUACUACCCACAAUCAUGGCUCCUCGAUUUGACCGGCUGCCCUCCUUUGAGGCGGCGCAGAUUAUCUACGUCCAUGAGGACGCCGUCUGCGAUUUGGAGCUGCCUGCAUCGCCAAUGUGGGUGGACCUUCGGGGGCUGUGCCACACAUCGCUGUUUGAUGCCGCUGAAGAUACAGCAGAGAAGGCCCAGCCAUCGGCAGAGCAAACAACCAAGGCGGAGAGGGAAGCUCUGCUGCACCAUCUGGGAGGGCAGCGGAUGGGGGGCGAAUUUGAGAGGAAACCCAAGGCCAGUCGUGAGCAGCCCCUGCGGUGCAACAUGAUGCCGCGGCGUGUGCACCAUAACUUGCAGCAGCCCAGAGCAGUGUAUUAAACGCCCCCCAACCAAGCAUCUGAAUGGGACGCGCCCAUACAUCACCAGAUGUGCAAGGUCAGGUGUCAGGGAGGCGCCCCUUGUGUUUACUUUAAUCGAGUAGUCAAGCAUAGCUGUUGGUCCAGAACAGCUAGUACUAAGUUGUAAGACAUGCAAGAGUCAAGCAUGGAAGGUCAAUGUACAUACACAAGGGUUCACUUGCACUAACCACGGAAGACAGGGUUUUACGUCCAGUUUGUAAAGUAUAUAACGAUUGGAAGUUUUCAGACUGAAGUUGGACACGUUUUGGGCAAUCUCACUUGGUGUACACUUGGAGAUACCAGUCGAGUGCAGGUGCAGGCCUGUCACGAGUCUAUGAACAGAGGUCGAAGACAGUGCACUAAUUGAUGCGCACCCAAUGUGCAACGAUGUAUUAUCUCUGAAGGGCUCUCGUUGGGGGCCUCAAAAGUGCACAAAAGCUUCGCAGCCACAAGUUUCGUACUCAAAACGAGAUAUGCCACCCAACCUGCCGGGCCGCAGCCUGAAAGAGACACCCUUAAUUGUCCAAAUUAUUAAGAUGGAGCUUUGGAGUGUGAGUCUUCGUUGAGGGAUGAAGCUCUGCCGAGUACAGAGGCGGCCCUGAUAGUACG